UUGUCUUUGCAGGAUGGUCAAACUCCAGCUGAAGUGUAUGUGAACAACAAAUGUGAAAAGUAUAAUUCUACCAACAAAGAAAAACAAAAAGAAAUGCUCAUGCAUCUCCUACAAACGGGGAUGGUUCCAACGGAAAUCUUGGCGCGUGGGACCGAAGCAGUGGAAGCUUUUAAUGAUGCUCUAGCUGAGGGAGAAACAGAGGUUAAUCAAGGAAGGACAGUUUUCAUGGGCCUCGAGAGAGUCGGCAAGACAUCUACAAUCAAGUCAUUUUUAAGGAAUACUUUUGAUCCAAAUGAGGGUAUUACCGACGCAAUUGCCAACACAACGGUGUGUACACAUGAAUCGCACAAUGAAUUGAAUUGGAAGGAAACAUCACCAGAUCAUUCUGGUGUCAGUGAUAUAUUUGAUGCGAUAAUGGCAGAUUCCAUAGCGAAGAAAAUAUUAGAAAAAGAAACAGAGAAGAAUGUAGAAGUAACAAGACAAAACGUGUUAUCACCAACUAAAGCAGAGACGAAACCAUCUGGCAAUGAAUUUAUUAUGAACAUCUGGGACUUUGGAGGCCAACCGAUAUAUCAUGUGAUACAACGAAUUUUCAUGGUAUGUUUUGCCGUUGUUUGUGUGGUAUUUAACCUAGAAGAUGACCUUGACGCUCCAGCUAAAGUCAAGGAUCCGACUACUGGUGAAAUGUAUCAACAUCGAAUGACAAAUCUUCAGUUCAUUCUUUACUGGAUUCGUUCAGUAUACACAAACAGUAGAGAUUCAAAAUUGGAUGAUGGACAACUUUCACCGCCAGUACUAGUGAUUGGUACGCAUCUAGGCAGCCUCGAGGGGAAUGAAGAGGAAAAGAAAAGAAAGGCAGAAGAAAUAUUCAGUAAAAUUCGGGAAGCAUUGGAAGGAAAACCUUAUGAAGCAUUGGUGUUCCCUACUUUCUUUGCUAUUGAGAACAGCUUACCGUUCGCCAGGAGCAAUGCUUCUAACAUCAUGGACCAAAUAUUAAAGUUCGCAAAGAAGAUGGUUAGAAAACUUCCUUUGAAAUGGUUGCUUGUUCAACAGGAAAUCCAAAAGUUGAAAGUGAAGCAUAUCUAUCUACCAACCAAAAAGGUGAUCGCUUUAGUUAAGCGGUUUGGAGUCAAACAAGAUGCUCAAAGGGUACUGCUUGAGUAUCUACACGACCUUGGCGAGAUUCUCUACUUUCCUGAUGACGAAGCCUUAAAGGAUAUUAUUGUUUUGGAUGUGAUGCAAUUAGUGGACAUGUUUAAAACAAUAAUCACUGUUAUUGACCCUGAACUUAGGAAACAAAAACACUUAGAGGCCUGGAGGAAAUUGGACGCAGGGGUCCUUGAGGAGCAUCUGUUAAGACAUUUGUGGAAGAAGUUCAAGUUUUCAGAUACAACAUUCGACUUCUUUGUAUCUCUUAUGCAGAAGUUUGGACUGGUGUGUGAGAAAAGCAUAACAAAGACAGAAUAUUAA